UUGGGUACCAAAAACUGUCCGGAAUCGCAAGAAGCUUCUCUCUCUCCCUCUCUCUCUCUCUCUCUCAUUUUCCCCCAAAUUCUGGUCCAAAUUCUCAUCCGGGAACCCUAAUCCUGAGCUACUGGUAAUUGUUGAAUUUCUCUGGAAACUUGAUGUCACCAAAUCUUCCGCUGUUGGAACUGCAAUGAUUGCCAUCUAAAGAUCUGUUACGCGUUUCAAAUCUUUAUUGCAAUUGGAAUUGAUCGGUGUGUUGGCAUUCAAUUUUUCUAGUGUUUUGUCGGAUUGAAUCCAGGCUUGGCGAAUCUCCGAGGCUUUGUUCGUAGAUAGGAAAUCUAGGGUCUUGGUGGAUCUCUAGAAAUGGAUUCGAGCAGGAGAGCCGUUGAAUCCUACUGGCGAUCGCGGAUGAUCGAUGGGGCGACGACGGACGAAGACAAAGUCACGCCCGUGUACAAAUUGGAGGAGAUUUGCGAGCUUCUUCGCUCUUCGCAUGGCAGUAUUGUUAGGGAAGUCUCGGAGUUCAUAUUGAAACGCCUUGACCAUAAGAGCCCAAUUGUCAAACAAAAGGCUUUGAGGCUGAUCAAGUAUGCAGUAGGAAAGUCUGGUGCAGAGUUCAGAAGGGAGAUGCAGAGAAACUCAGCAGCUGUGCGGCAGUUAUUUCAUUACAAGGGCCAGCCGGAUCCUCUGAAGGGGGAUGCUCUCAAUAAAGCUGUGCGGGAUUCAGCCACUGAAGCCAUAUCUGCUAUAUUUUCUACAGAUGACAAUAAACCAGCUCCUGCUGAGGAUCUUAACAAACGGAUACAAGGUUUUGGGAAUACAAACUUUGAGAUGCCAUCAGAAGAUAAGAAAUCUUUUUUAAGUGAAGUUGUUGGUAUUGGAAGUGCUACACUAAAGCAGGGAUUUACUAGUUUAACACAAGCACAAUCACAGGGAAAGAAUGACACUGGAAGUUACAGGAGUCCUAAUCUUCGGAGGUCAUUGACUACGGAGAUCGACUACCCAGAUAGAUAUGAUCAAAUUGAGCAUGGCAAUGAAGCACAAAGUGGUUCCCGCUUCUCAAGAGAUGCCAAUACUGGAUCAUGGGGUCAGGAGUUGAGGGUUAACCAGACAGAAAUGACUAAUGGGAAUGCCAGCUCAAGUAAUAACAAGAAUAAGAGUCGUGAGGAGAGGUUGUUGGAGACCAUUGUAACAUCUGGCGGUGUACGACUACAACCCACUAGAGAUGCACUUCAGGCUUUCCUUGUGGAGGCCUCAAAGUUUGAUGAAUUGGCUUUAAGUCAUGCCCUAGAAUCAAAGCUUGGCUCUCCUUUGUGGCAGGUCCGCAUGAAAGCUGUCUGUGUUCUUGAGGCAAUUUUAAAGAAAAAAGACAUCGAGCAUUUUGCUAUCGUAGCAUCUUAUUUUAGUGAAAAUAAAGAUGUUGUCAUAAAAUGUACAGAGUCUCCUCAAGCUUCUUUGAGAGAAAAGUCAAACAAGGUGUUGAGCCUUCUGGAUGGAGAACGGACCGGCAGUGUAAUGAGUCAUCCAGAAAAGCCAAUACAGGCUGAGACACCUGUUGUUCAGAUGCCUGACCUAAUAGACACCGGUGGUCCCAAUGACUCAAAUAGUAGAGAAGAUUUUCUUAAAAUGCAGGGUGAUCAAGAAAUUGUGAAUCAAAAAACAUCCACUGCUCCUAUAUUUGAUGAUCUAUUUGGGGAUAGUUUGGGCACUUGUACAGCUGCCAGUGAACAGAAAAUUGACGAUGACCCAUUUGCCGAUGUUUCAUUUCAUGCCAAUGACGAGAAAGAUCAAAUUACUGAUAUUUUUUCAGGAUUGAGUGUUGAUAAACCAGCUGGUGAGGUCCAUGUGGCAGCUAAUGGAAGUGGACCCAAGCCAUUUGACAUUUUUGGUCCUACUUUUGAAAUUCCCAAGCAGGAGCAGGGUCCUAAAAAAGACAUUAGCCAUUUGGUAGCUGGCUUAUUAAUCAAUAAGAAUUCCUUAAUGAUGGAGCCAAAAGAAACUUCCCCUGGGGCAUCCUCUGAGACUAUCUUCCCAGAGCCCACUAUGAAUCCCAACCCCCAACCUUAUAAUGGUGUUUGGAAUGGACUAAUCGGAACUCAAGCAAUGGGGAUGAAUGUAAAUUCUAUGUUUCCUUUGGGCCCUAUGGGAUAUAAUGUACCACCUGGAUAUAUGGUCAACCCUGGUUUUUCUUCUCAGCCUGUGAAUUAUGGUGCCAUGGGAAAUCUCUUUGCCCAGCAGCAGCUGUUAGCAACAGUGUCCAACUUCCAGCAAAUGGCAAACCUUCAAUCUCAAGAUGCUAGUGUCAAUCAUGCUGGUCUAACCAAAGGAGAGGCACAUUCAUCCCCUCUUCCUGAUAUUUUCAAUCCAGCUGUUCCAACACAAAUCCCGAUGACAAUGAUGAACACUUCAAGGAAAGAGGAGACCAAAGCAUUUGAUUUUAUCUCGGAUCAUUUGGCAGCUGCUCGUGAUCCAAAGCGGGUGGUCUGACUUGUUCGUGCUUGUUGGCUGGCAUGACCUCUUUAUCCCCUGCAAUGGCAAGCAUAGUCUCGUUGGAAAGCAGGGCUGUCUACUUCCUCUGGAUACUGGAAAUUUCGUGCUUCCGGCACAGAUCUUGAAAGGUGAAUUCCUCUCCAACACUUUGGUGUAUAUGAUAAGACUAUUCCUUUACUGGAAAUAUUUGGGUGGAAAGGUUAUAUGGACAUCCCAAGUGGCAAAAGCAUGCAAAAGUGAAAAUAUGGUUCCGCAGUUAGCUUCAAGUUUAGAUUCUGUAAUCAGCUACUAUUGAUAAACUGCAAUGAGUUUGUGGGGUUGCGUGUGCUAUAUUUCCUUUGGAACUGAAGUUUACCCCUUCUGUUUGCGGAAAAUUUUGUGGUGAGCAACUAUGAGUGCUUGCAGAUUAGAACUAGUUGCUGGUGAAAAAAAAAAAAAAAAGGAAUUAAUGUCGAUGUUGUUGGGCCAAGAUUUUGUGCCAUCUCUUUGUUGAUUAA